UUCGUUAAAUAAUAUAUGCCAUAAUACCAAUUUAAACGUUUAUAAUAAUUCGGAUACUUAUUUCAAAAUAAUUUCAUUUUAAAAAUGCCACUUCGAUUCCUAACUUUGAUGAUAUUAUUCAUUAUAAAUAUUUUUCUUGGAGUUGGCAUUGUUAAUUGUUACAUUGACCACAAAGAGUAUGCAAUUUAUUUAAAAAAAGUAACGAAUUACAUAAGUGAUCAAUUAAAAAAGAUAAACCUGGAACAUAUAUCAGUAAGUAUAUCAAAAGAUGAAAUUAUAAGCAUAGAAGAUACCCUAAAAUAUAAAUCAGAAAAUAAUAAUGAAUUAUUAAUUAAAUAUAAAAUUAUAGUUGAUUUACUCAACUAUUUAUUUUCUAAAGAACUACAAAAUUUUACCGAACACUUAAAAAUAAUUUUAGAUGAAUGUGACAUUUUUUUUAAACAAAAUUCGUUUGAGAAUGCGACUUAUUGCACAGUAAUACUUUUAAAUGCAGCUAAAAAUUCAAAUGUGAUGUUUGAAUAUUUAUAUAAAGCUAUUAUAUUUAUUGACUAUUUGGACAUAAAAUUAGUGCUAAAAAACUCAAUUCAUCCAAAAACGAUAGUAGAAGAAAUUUAUACUGUUAAAAACUAUACAUCAUUAAUGAAAACGCCAGGUAUUUAUAAUUAUGUAAAUAAUGCUGGAAAUAUUAAAAUAGAAGUACUUUUAGAAGACUAUAUUGAAAUAAAUAAUUUCAUUAAUAAAAUAGUUGCAAUAACAGAUUCAAUUAAUAAUAACAAUGUUACUAUUAUAAACAGUAGAAAGGAAUUUAAUUUACGAGAAAAGUACUAUGGUGAAUUCACAAAUAAUAAGUAUGUAAACAAUUUUGUCGAUUUUGUUCGAGUAAAGUUAAUUCAUUGUUGUUCAGAAACCAUCAAUACAUUUUUUUUAAAAAUUGGAUUUAAUCAGUUAUUUAAUCCUAAUAUACAUGAGCUAUCACCCCCUCAGAACAUUGGUUUUCCUCAAUAUAAAAUAACUAAAAAUCUAAAUAUUUUGUUUCAUGAAGGAAAUUGGAAUCUAUUGAAUCAUAUAAGAAUAAUAAUUGAUGAUGAAUUAAUAACUACUAAUCGAAUAAUUAGAGACACUGUAGACGAUUUUAAUUUUAAUAAGAAAAGAAAAUACUUUACACUACUGAUUAGGUGCAGAUAUACAGAAGUAUUGAAAAAGUAUAACAUUUAUAUGUCUGCUAUUAUACAAAUAUGCAGAAAUGAAAAGACCAGAAGUAAUUAUAACUUUGUAAAUUGUACUCUUCAAUUUUUUGAAAUGGUCAAUGAUUCAAAAGACAUGUUUAAUUAUAUGAUGUUAGCUUUAGAUAAAUUAAAAGCUUCAUAUAUUUGGGAAGUGAUGUAUAAUUCAUAUACAUGUUUAACGCAAACCUAUAAUUUAUUAAGUAAUUUUUUCUCCAAUAUUGAAAAUCUUAAUUUUAGAAAAAAUGAUUUUAUCAAUCUAUCUCUCAAAGAAUCAGAAACGAAAGUCAAUAAAUUAUUGUGCGAUUUUCAAAACGCUCGAUUUAUUUUUACUCGAAAACUUAAUGAUAGACGUAAUUCUUUUAGUGAUUGUUGCUUGAUUGAUUAUGAAAUUUUAAACAAAAGUCAAUUAAUAAAUUCAUGGGUGAGUAUUGUUUCGUCAGCUAAUAAUAACACACACGACCGUCCAUUACAUUUGUAUGAAUAUGGUUUAGAACACUUUAUGAAGUAUUUUAAUAUUGCUAUUAGAAGUGAAUACGACUAUUUAGGUUUCAAUAAAAUAUAUAUUAAUAAUUAACCAAAAUUUCGAAAUUUUAUUUUAUUUUUUAUAAAUAAACUUGAUAUUACUUUUAAUCUUUUUUUUUUAAUAUAAUUAUUUUAUUACAAAAUGUCUGUAGUAAUAUUUAUUUAUUUUUUUUAAUAAUCAUCAGGACUACGAAUUAUGGUUAGUUAAAUUGUUCAUUAAUCGUAUGAAAUUGUAUCAGCAUUUGUUUAUUUUAACAUAAUAUGAUUAAUAUUGUUUUCGUUGUUGUUAUGUAUUUAAUUAAAAUUUAGUAUACACUUUUAACGUU